CUCGAGUGCGAAAUUAGCAGGAAUGCUGCGAACAGCAACUUUGUGAACGAUUCAAAUUGUUUUUGCAAAUGUUGCAUUUAUUAUUUCCCAAAGUGUUUGCCUUCAAAGUUCCUGGAAGACACUUCGACUUUUGCUGUAUUCGAGUUCUGUCCCAUUGUUGAAAAUCGGUGAAGAGAAGAACAAUGGGAAUGAAAAAAAAAGCGACUCUUUUGUGAUUAAUUCCAGUAAAGUGCUCCAAGAAUAAGUGCGAAAAAGUGAGCAUCGUGAUAAGAAAUAUUAUCGUCAUUCCGAAGCAGCUACACUAAAAGAAAAUCGCGAAAAUUUAACAACAGAUCGGAGCAGCCGAUUAAAAGGUGUUCGAUAUUUUCGCUUCUCCAGCAAAUAUCGCCCUUCACCGCAAGCCAUUUUUUAUUCCACCCGAAAUUUGUGAAGGAGUUUUCCAAAUGAUGUUCAAUUAACGAAAAGCCACCGGAAGGAAUGGCGACGUACAAUUCAAUCUUCUGGGGAGUCUGGGGCGUCUUCGUUCUAGUUUUAAUAAAAGAAUCGAAACCUGUGAGCUGGGAUGACUGGUGGACGUACGAAGGAAUUUCCGGUCCUGCAUUUUGGGGUUUGAUAAAUCCGGAUUGGUCGCUCUGCAACAAGGGCAGAAGACAAUCCCCCGUGAAUCUCGAGCCAAAAACUCUACUCUUCGAUCCGAAUCUUCAACCUCUUCAAUUGGACAAGCAUAAAGUUGGCGGAGUCCUAGCAAAUACGGGUCAUGGUGUCGUGUUCGCAGUCGACAACAAUACUCUCCAUCCUGUUAACAUAUCCGGAGGUCCGCUGAGCUACCGCUAUCAGUUUCAUGAAAUUCACUUACACUACGGUCAACAUGAUCGUUUGGGCAGUGAGCACACAGUCGACGGUUAUGCAUUUCCUGCCGAGAUUCAAAUAUACGGCUUUAACUCGCAGCUUUACAACAACUUUUCCGACGCCCUUCACAGAGCUCAGGGUAUCGUCGCGGUAUCUUUGCUCCUCCAAGUGGGCGACCGCUCAAAUCCCGAGCUGAGAAUAUUCACCGAGCAACUUAGCAAGAUUAAGUACGGAGGGAAUACGACAAAAAUCCAGCGGUUCGUGGUGCGUGAGUUGUUGCCCGACACGAAUAGUUAUAUGACUUACGACGGCUCGACGACAAUGCCAGCGUGUCACGAGACCACCACGUGGAUUAUACUCAACAAACCGAUCUACAUAACGAAGCAGCAGCUACACGCGCUACGGGAUCUUGUCCAAGGACCUCUGGACCCUAAAACUCCAUUGGGAAACAACUACAGACCACCACAGUCACUUCAUCACCGACCCGUUCGGACGAACAUAGAUUUCAGCGUACCACAGCGAACACCUGGGACAAUAAUUAACCCAGCUGAGGAUAACGCCUUCGAAUAUCGCUGUACUACGCUUUUCCACCUGAAAGAUGGGUCCUCGUUGCAUUUCUACGAACACGUAAAGGAACCGAAAAAAAAGAAGAUGAAGAAGAAGAAUAAAGAAGCGAGAAGAAGAAGUAGUAGGAUGCAAUCGAAAAUGCGAAGGGAGUCAAGGGGAAGGAUAAAUUUAAUAAAUUAAUAAAUUAAAGGGAAAAAUAAAACAAUCGACAUAUCAGCACUCGCGUGUGCGAGUUAUGCCCACGUAGAAACCAAAGUUGCAUCAAGAUUUGGGGGUCAUGGGACAAAAAAGAAGGCUUGAGGGGUGAGCUCGAAAAAAAUUCAAUAAAAUGACGAGGGUGAUGGUACACGGGGGAGGCUUUAAUCGCGCCAACCUGUACUCAGAGUUCAGCAAAUCGCUUCGUUGUAAAACUUAUUAGACGUGAACUGCCAAGUAUGUUUCCAGUUAAAAGAAAAUUUAAAAAAAAAAAAAAAACUAACAAACAACAAAAAAAUAAAAAAACGAAAGCAUAAUGAAAGGAGGGGGAGAAAACAGACACACAAACGUUAAUCUAUAGAUACGUUAGUCUAUUAAAGUAACGUAUAAGAGUAUAUAUAAUAUAUUAUAUACGUAUAUCGGAUAACUAUUGAAAAAAAAAGCUAUGACUAUCGUGGCCUGCGUGGGUGAGAUGCGACUAUGUAUUUGAAAGAGAAUGAAAAAAAAAAAAGAAAAAUUAUCAUAAAGUAAACGACGAAAAAUGAAUACAAACAAAAUUCAUACUACACAAUAAAUAAAUGAAACGAACAAACCGACACGCAACACAUACAUAUACACGCUCGCGCACUAAAGCGUAUACAAUUAUCGAAUGAAAAGUUUAUACUAUAUUCUUGUAAUAAAAACUUUGAAAAAUGUA